UGGCGCCAUUGUCGCCGGCACGGCAACUCCGCCGCUCAGUCUGAACUCGGGUUCACUCAGUCCACGACCGUUAGCCACGAGACUUCGAUCUCUGCUUUUAAAGUUUGAUCAUCGAGAUAUCAUCAACAACAACACAUCUUCUUCUUCUUCUUCAUCAUCAUCAUCAUCAUCGUGUCUUCUUCUUCUUCUUGUCAUCGUCCUCACUUCGACCACCACCAACGGCGAAUCCGUCAACAGUCGUCAAUCGCAACGAAAGAUUAGAAGAAUUAUCUUCAUCUCUGAUCCAUCGUUGAUAACCAAACAACAAGAUGGCAGCUUUCGUGGCGAAGCAGAUGGUCGGCAACAAGCUGAAUGCAGUUAAAGGAGCGGUCGGUGGCGAAGGAGGAGACGAUGACGAUAAGGAAAAGGAGGAGGAGGCCGAGAGGGAAAGGCAAGAAGCCAUCAGGGAAGCUGAGGAGAGGAGGAAAGAGAAACACCGUAAAAUGGAGGAAGAACGAGAAAAGAUGCGACAGGAAAUCAGAGACAAGUAUAACAUAAAGAAGCGAGAAGAGAUUCAAGAAAUGCCGCAAGAGGAGCCGAAUCCUUUGAUGCGAAAGAAGAAAACGCCAGAGGAAUUGGCAGCCGAGGCUGAAGCUGAAGACGAAGACGAGUUAACGAAACUGAAGAACGUGUUAGAGACGCACGUGAUGGACAUCAAAACGCAAAUCGAAAGUAAGUGCAGCCUCCAAUGAGCCUACGGGUGCAUCAAACGGACGGCGAGCGCGACAUCGUGUGUCAUCGUGAAAGAGGACGAUGGGGGGAUGGGUGGAAAAUGCAGAAGAGAAGCUACUAUUAUUACUAAUACUACUAC